UAUCCAGUGGAGUUCCCAUUCACCACCUUAGCCACCAUGGGGCUAAGAGCAGCCAGCCUCUUCCUCCUCUGGCUGGCUCUUUCCUCUGCUAAUGAAAUAAAAAAAGGAAGGACGAGAAGCCAUGGCCACUAUGUCUGCAGCACUUGGGGAAACAACCAUUUCAAAACUUUUGAUGGAGACGUCUACCAAUUCCCUGGCCUUUGCGAGUAUAAUUUUGUUUCUGACUGCCGAGAGGCUUACAAGGAAUUCUCUGUCCACAUCCAGCGUACUCUCAACAGCAAUGGCCAUCCUGAGAUCCAGUAUAUUCUGAUGAAAAUCAAGGAUAUAAUGGUCUACCUCAAACCAAACCUGGUUGUGGUGGAUGGGCGGAUUGUGAAGACACCUUAUUACUCCUCUGGUGUCCUCAUUGAGAGCAAUGAAAUUUACACCAAGAUUUAUGCCAAAUUAGGCAUGGUUCUGAUGUGGAACCAGCAGGAUGCCCUGAUGGUGGAGCUGGACAACAAAUUUAAUAACCAUACCUGUGGUCUCUGUGGGGAUUACAAUGGAAUCCAAAUUUACAAUGAGUUCAUCAACGGAGAUGCAAGCUACAACUCAAUUACAUAUGGGAAUAUGCAGAAGAUCAGCAAACCCAAUUCCAAAUGUGAAGAUCCAGAUGAAACUCAGGCUCUUCCAAGCUGUAAUGAGCAUCGUGACGAGUGUCAGAAGCUGCUGACUUCUCCUGCAUUUGCUGAUUGUCGGCUACGUCUGAAUUUGGAGAUGUACAUCCAAGCCUGCAUGCAGGACAAGUGUGCCUGUAAUGGGAAGGAGGACUCCUUCUGCCUCUGCAGCACCAUCUCCGAGUACUCCCGCCAGUGUUCGCACGCCGGCGGCCACCCAGGGGAAUGGAGGACACAGAACUUUUGCCACAAGAGCUGUCCAGCUACCAUGGUUUACAGAGAAAGCAGCUCACCCUGCAUGGAUACUUGCUCACACUUGGAGAUCAGCAGCCUUUGUGAGGAGCACUACAUGGAUGGCUGUUUCUGCCCUGAAGGAACUGUGUAUGAUGAUAUCAGUGAGAAAGGCUGCAUCCCUGUUAGCCAGUGCCACUGCAAACUCGGUGGAAAGUCGUAUGCACCUGGAGAAAGCAUUUCCAAAGAAUGUGAAGAAUGCACCUGUAAUUCAGGCAGAUGGACCUGCAAAGAUUUACCCUGUCCAGGCACAUGCUCAGUGGAGGGAGGUUCCCAUAUUACCACCUUUGAUGGGAAGAAAUACACCUUCCAUGGAGACUGCUACUAUGUUUUGGCCAAGGGUACUGCAAAUGAGAGUUAUGCUCUCCUGGCACAGCUGGCUCCCUGUGGCUCCACAGACAAACAGACCUGCUUGAAGGCUGUUGUGCUAUUGGUGGAUAACAAAAAGAAUGUGGUGGUUCUCAGAUCAGACGGCAGCGUGCUCCUGAAUGAGAUGACAGUGAAUGUGCCUCAUGUGUCAGCCAGCUUCUCAGUAUUCAAGCCAUCUUCCAACUACAUUGUUGUUCAAACUUCUUUUGGGCUUCAGAUGCAGGUCCAGAUGUUUCACGUCAUGCAGCUGUUUGUGACUGUGGAUCAGUCACUUAAAGGAAAACUUCAAGGUCUUUGUGGAAACUUCAACGGAAUGGAAGGAGAUGACUUUAGAACAACCAGUGGGCUGAUUGAGGCUACGGGAUCUGCCUUUGCUAACACGUGGAAAGCUCAGUCCACCUGCACAGACCAGGCAGAAAAGCUGGAAGACCCCUGCAGUCUCAGCAUUGAAAGCGCAAAUUACGCUGAGCAUUGGUGUUCUUUGCUGAGAAACCCAAAGGGUCCUUUUGCAAGAUGUCACCUAGCUGUUGACCCUUCAGAAUACUAUAAGAAAUGUAAAUAUGACACUUGCCUCUGUGAAGACAAUGAAGAAUGUUUGUGUGCUGCCCUGUCCUCUUACUCAAGAGCCUGUGCUUUCAAAGGGAUCAUACUGGGAGGCUGGAGAAAGACUGUCUGCAGCAGUGAAGCGUCUUCUUGCCCAGGAAAUCAAGUCUUCCUUUACAAUCUUACAAUGUGCCAGCAAACCUGCCGUUCCUUUGCUGAUGGGGAAAAGUAUUGCUUGCAAGACUUUGCUCCCGUGGAUGGCUGUGGCUGCCCACCCAAUACAUACUUGGAUAACCAGGAUAACUGUGUGCCCAUCUCGCAGUGCCCCUGUUAUUACAAGGGAUCAUACCUGGAACCUGGGCAAUAUUUCACAAAAGAUGGAGAACGCUGUGUCUGCCGAAAUGCAAAGAUCCAGUGCACUUCAGUGAAAAUAAGAAUGAGAAGUGAAAAAGAAUGUUCUUCUAACAAGACAUACUUUGACUGCAAUGCAUCCUCGAAGUGGACUUCACAAACACCUCUGCAACUUAGCUGUCAUACUCCUCAAACUGAUCAUUUCCAGACAGAGUGUGUCUCCGGCUGUGUGUGUCCUGAAGGUCUAUUUGAUGAUGGCAGAGGGGGCUGUGUUGAACAAAAAGAUUGCCCAUGCAUUCAUAACAAUGAGUUAUAUUCUUCUGGAGACAAGAUAAAAGUGGACUGCAACACCUGCACCUGCCAGAAAGGGGUUUGGAAAUGCACUGAUGAUGUGUGCUAUGGGACUUGUAUGAUCUAUGGAAGUGGCCAUUAUAACACCUUUGAUGGGAAAUUCUAUGACUUUGAUGGGAGCUGUGAAUAUGUGGCUACUCAGGACUUCUGUGGUGACAAAAAUUCCAGCGGCUCAUUCAGUAUCAUCACGGAGAACGUCCCUUGUGGAACUACAGGAGUCACCUGCUCAAAGGCCAUCAAAAUGUUCCUAGGGAAAACCGAACUGAAAUUGGAGAACAAGGGGUCCAAAGAAAUUCAGCGAGAUGUUGGUGAUGAUGUGCAGUAUUGGAACAGGACAGUCGGCCUGUACCUGGUUAUUGAGGCUAGCAAUGGUGUGAUGCUGAUCUGGGACAAGCAGACCACUGUUUUCAUCAAGCUGAGCCCUGCUUACAAAGGCAAAGUGUGUGGUCUGUGUGGCAACUUUGAUGACAAGGCAAACAAUGACUUUACAACAAGGAGUGGACUGCAGGAGACUAAUCCUCUGAUUUUUGGAAAUUCCUGGAAACAAUCUCCCAUGUGCCCAGAUGUCUUACAAGAGAUCAAGCCCUGUGAUCUGAAACCACACCGGAAGUCCUGGGCAGAGAAAGAAUGCAGCAUCAUCCAGAGCGAAGUCUUCAAAAUUUGUCACUCCAAGGUGAACCCAGUUCCUUUCUAUGAAGCUUGUGUUCAUGAUGCCUGCUCUUGUGACACCGGUGGAGACUGCGAGUGCUUCUGCUCUGCAGUUGCAGCAUACGCCCAAGAGUGCAUCAAGGCUGAGGCCUGUGUCUUCUGGAGAACUCCUGACAUCUGCCCGAUAUUCUGUGACUACUACAACCCUCGCAACGAGUGUGACUGGCACUACGAGCCUUGUGGCAGUAGUAUCACAACCUGCAAGAUGAUCAAUAAUGUCAGCACCAACUUUACAGUGCCACUACUGGAAGGUUGCUACCCCAGAUGCCCUAAGGACAGGCCUAUUUAUAAUGAAGAGACAAAGGAAUGUGUGACAGAAGAUCAAUGUGGAUGUUACCUGGAGGAUGGAACCCAUGUACCCCCUGGGCAAGAAAUACCCACAGAAGAAAACUGUACAAUAUGUGUCUGUGUCCCAUCAGGAUCCAUACAGUGUAAACCAGUACCAGGGUGUCCUUGUGUCAUCAAUGGAACAAGCUAUGAAGUGGGUUCUACUGUGGCACAAGUACAGGAUGGCGAAAUAUGUAUAACAUACAUUUGUGCAGAAAAUGGUUCCGUAGUUCCUGGUGAAAUCUAUCCUUGUCCAACAUCUUCACCUACAACAACUUCAACCUCCUUCCCUUCCAGUACUCUCACCACCACUACCACCACCGUUUCCACUACAAGCCGUCCAGAAACUACAACUCCAUGCUUUGGACUAAUCUGUGAUUGGACUGAAUGGUUUGAUGUUAGUAAACCUGAUGAAGGUAGUGGUGACUAUGAAACAUAUGAUGAAAUAAGAAAACAUGGAUACAAAAUAUGUACAGCUCCUGAAAAAAUUGAAUGCAGGGCUAAGGAUCAACCUGAUGCAACCUUAGAAGAACUUGGUCAGAAAGUAGAGUGUGAUGUUAAAUAUGGGCUAAUCUGUAAAAAUGAUGAGCAAGAUGUAACUAUGUGGCCGCUUUGCUAUAAUUAUGAAAUCAGAGUAAACUGUUGUGAGUGGCAAGAAAUUCCUUGUGAGCCCGGAUUUACACCAACUCCAACUUCAACCACCACCAAGACAACAAUACCCAGCACCACUACAACCAGGACUUCAACAGAAAUUACCACCACGCCCAAGCCCGUCCAUUCCACAACAACACCUCCACCCACACCAAGCACACCAAAAUCGACGACUCCCUCAACACGAGAGACUCCCACCAGCACCCCGACAACAGCCACUGUUAUUGUUGGAUCACCAACACCCACCCCAACUACUUCAAGCACAUCCUCACCAGCACCAACAUACACCACCACCCUACCUACUCCAGGCACAACAAGCACAACUCCAAGCACAACAUCCCGUACAACGGAAUCGCCAACCACUUCCACAUCACCGGAGACUCCCACCACCACUCCCACCACCACUCCUACCACCACUCCUACCACCACCACCACCACUCCGACCACCACUCCCACCACCACUCCCACCACCACUCCCACCACCACUCCGACCACCACUCCUACCACCACUCCGACCACCACCACCACCACCACUCCCACCACCACUCCCACCACCACUCCCACCACUCCUCCCACCACCACUCCCACCACCACCACCACCACUCCUACCACCACCACCGGACCUACGACGACAACAACUCGACCACCGAUUGUGCCAACUCCUGAAUCUUGUGAGUGCGUCUGGACGGACUGGAUUGAUGUGACCUACCCAGAUGGUUCUGACAGGAACAGUGGUGACUACGAAACCUUUGAGAACAUCUGGAAGAACAACCCCUCCUGGGAGUGUGCAAAAGUUGAGAAUAUUUCGUGCCGAGCAGAGAAAUUCCCUAACACUUCCAUUGCAGAUUUAGGGCAGAAGGUGCAAUGUGAUGUUAACGUAGGGCUCAUCUGUAACAAUAAAGAUCAGCAGCUAGGAGGGAUAAUACCAAUGCCAGUCUGCCUCAACUACGAGAUCAGUGUCUGCUGCACGCCCAACAAACCAGAGUGUCUUCCAUCUCCAAGCACCACGAGCACCACAGCUUCCACAGCUUCAUCCACAACGAGCAGUGUGACCCCUCCAAUAUCAACAACCGCUCCAACGCCAACAGAAGGGGAGACUUCCAGCAGUACCACCCCUACCCCCACCACCACCACCACCACCACCACCACCACGAUGCCACCCAGCACCACCACCAGCAGCAGCAGCACCUCACAGACGACAACUACUCCUCCUGUCUCAACAACACCCAUUUCAACUACUUCAAGCACAUCCAUGCCCACGCCAACCACUCCCACCACCACCACCACCACUCCCACCACUCCUCCCACCACCACUCCCACCACCACCACCACCACUCCCACCACUCCUCCCACCACCACUCCCACCACCACCACCACUCCCACCACCACCACCGGACCUACGACAACAACAACUCGACCACCGAUUGUGCCAACUCCUGAACCUUGUGAGUGCGUCUGGACGGACUGGAUCGAUGUGACCUACCCAGAUGGUUCUGACAGGAACAGUGGUGACUACGAAACCUUUGAGAACAUCUGGAAGAACAACCCCUCCUGGGAGUGUGCAAAAGUUGAGAAUAUUUCGUGCCGAGCAGAGAAAUUCCCUAACACUUCCAUUGCAGAUUUAGGGCAGAAGGUGCAAUGUGAUGUUAACGUAGGGCUCAUCUGUAACAAUAAAGAUCAGCAGCUAGGAGGGAUAAUACCAAUGCCAGUCUGCCUCAACUACGAGAUCAGUGUCUGCUGCACGCCCAACAAACCAGAGUGUCUUCCAUCUCCAAGCACCACGAGCACCACAGCUUCCACAGCUUCAUCCACAACGAGCAGUGUGACCCCUCCAAUAUCAACAACCGCUCCAACGCCAACAGAAGGGGAGACUUCCAGCAGUACCACCCCUACCCCCACCACCACCACCACCACCACCACCACCACCACGAUGCCACCCAGCACCACCACCAGCGGCAGCAGCACCUCACAGACGACAACUACUCCUCCUGUCUCAACAACACCCAUUUCAACUACUUCAAGCACAUCCAUGCCCACGCCAACAUAUACCACCACCACACCAAGUCCAGGCACAACCCCAUCCACACCAAGCAUACCACCCACUACAUCAGAACUGCCAACCAAGUCACCGGAGACUCCCAGCACCACCACCACCACCACCACCACCUCUCCGAGCACAACAACCACUGUUACUGGAUCACCAACACCCACCUCAACUACUUCAGGCACAUCCUCCCCCUCACCAACAUACACCACCACCCUAUCAACUCCAGGCACAACUCCAUCCACACCAAGCACACCAAAAUCGACAACCACUUCCUCACCACCAGAGACUCGCACCACCACCACCAGCCCUCCGAGCACAACAACCACUGUUCCUGGAUCAACAACAACCAUCUCAACUCCUGAAACCCCACCUACGCAGACACCGAGCACACCAAAAUCAACAACGACUCCCUCGACACCAGAGACUCCCACCACCACAACCAGCACCCCGACAACAGCCACUGUUAUUGUUGGAUCACCAACACCCACCCCAACUACUUCAAGCACAUCCUCACCAACACCAACAUACACCACCACCCUACCUACUCCAGUCCCACCUACGCAGACACCGAGCACACCAAAAUCAACAACGACUCCCUCAACACCAGAGACUCCCACCAGCACCCCGACAACAGCCACUGUUAUUGUUGGAUCACCAACACCCACCCCAACUACUUCAAGCACAUCCUCACCAGCACCAACAUACACCACCACCCUACCUACUCCAGGCACAACUCCAUCCACACCAAGCACACCAAAGUCAACAACCACUCCCUCGCCACCAGAGCCUCACACCACCACCACCAGCCCUCCGAGCACAACCACCAGUGUUCCUGAAAAUGUUUUCACCAGAACCCCGACGCCUCCAGUCACGGGAGCAUUAAAGACACCUGAACCAGAGGUGCCCACAAGCACUCCAGUUACUCCUUCAGCUACCCCACUGCCAACAACAAGAACAACAGUAAUAAGUACAGUGUCUACUCCCAGCACCACUAGUCAACAGUCAACAUCACCAGUAUCAACAAGCCCAGUGACAGCUACCACCUCUGAAGUCACUACAACAGGAUCAACCACCAAGAUCACCACUUCAGCCCCCACACCCUCAAGAUCCACCAGCACCACACCAGUAACAGGAACACCUGUCCCUGAAACCACCACCACCAGGACCCCAAGCCCUCCAACAGGAUCAUCUACCACCACUUCCAGCCCUGGCACCACCACAACCUCGGGACCAAGCAGCCCUUCGGGAACACCACCAUCAACAUCAACAACCCCAUUCACUGGAACAGCAUCAACCACCAAGAUCACCACUUCAGGCCCCACACCCUCAAGUUCCACCACCACCACACCAGUAACAGGAACACCUGUCCCUGAAACCACCACCACCAGGACCCCAAGCCCUCCAACAGGAUCAUCUACCACCACUUCCAGCCCUGGCACCACCACAACCUCAGGACCAAGCAGCCCUUCGGGAACACCACCAUCAACAUCAACAACCCCAUUCAGUGGAACAGCAUCAACCACCAAGAUCACCACUUCAGGCCCCACACCCUCAAGUUCCACCAGCACCACACCAGUAACAGGAACACCUGUCCCUGAAACCACCACCACCAGGACCCCAAGCCCUCCAACAGGAUCAUCUACCACCACUUCCAGCCCUGGCACCACUACAACCUCAGGACCAAGCAGCCCUUCAGGAACACCACCAUCAACAUCAACAACCCCAUUCACUGGAACAGCAUCAACCACCAAGAUCACCACUUCAGGCCCCACACCCUCAAGUUCCACCAGCACCACACCAGUAACAGGAACACCUGUCCCUGAAACCACCACCACCAGGACCCCAAGCCCUCCAACAGGAUCAUCUACCACCACUUCCAGCCCUGGCACCACCACAACCUCGGGACCGAGCAGCCCUUCGGGAACACCACCAUCAACAUCAACAACCACUUCAGGUCCCACAACCUCAGUGUCCACUCGCUCCACCACCACAGUAGGAACAGAAAUAAGUACCCCAACGACAACCUCUGCAACUGUUACUACUCCAACAACAUCACCUGCAUCAACCAGCCCUGUGUCAACCACCACCUCUGGUACUACUCCAACAGAGAGCUUUACCACUACUUUAGGAACCACCUCUAGUAUUGUCACAAUCAAUGCAACCACCACCUCCACCACCUUCAAAACCCCUCGUCCUGGCUCAACCACUUCAUCUGGGCCUACUGCAACAUCAACUGCAGUCACCACUAUAGGAAGUUCUACACACAGUGCAACUCCUCCAGUUAAUGGCUCAAGUUCAACUACAGGUCUAAUACCUACCACUCCUAAAAAAACUUGUACUAUCUUCCCUAAUGAAUCUUAUGAGCAAGGUGAAUCAUGGUGGCUCUGUAACUGCACUAAGGUGAUAUGUAUAGAAGACAACAUUGUCCAGGUGAUUCCAGUAAUCUGCAAUCCGCCUCCGAAACCAACGUGUGCCAAUGGACUGUCUCCUGUGCCAGUCAUUGAUGAGGAUGGAUGCUGUUGGCACUGGGAGUGUGAUUGCUACUGCACUGGCUGGGGAGAUCCACAUUACAUGACUUUCGAUGGAUUGUACUACAGCUACCAAGGGAAUUGCACAUAUGUCCUUGUGGAAGAGAUCAAUAAGAAGGUUGACAACUUCGGUGUCUACAUCGAUAACUACCACUGUGAUGCACGGGAUGUAGUGUCCUGUCCCCGAACGCUCAUCCUGAGACAUGAGACUCAGGAAGUGAGGCUAACAACAGCACAACCAAAUACUCUACAAGUAGAGGUGACAGUAAACAACCAGCCCGUGGCUUUGCCUUACAAGAAGUUUGGCGUGAGCAUCUAUGAGUCAGGCAUAAAUCGAGUUGUGGAAAUUCCUGAGCUGAAAAUGAAUCUGAGCUACAAUGGCUUGUCCUUUUCCAUCAGACUGCCCUACAGCCUGUUUGGCAACAACACCCAGGGACAGUGUGGUACUUGCAACAACAACACGGCAGAUGACUGCAUGCUGCCAAAUGGAAACAUUGCAGAAAACUGUGAAACCAUGGCAGAUCACUGGCAAGUUGUUGAUCCUUCCAAACCACAGUGCUCUCCAGGCCUAGUUCCUACAGGUUCACCUAGCACAACACCAACACAGCCUUGCAAAGAAUCUUCCAUCUGUGAGCUUCUUUUGGGAAGUGUGUUCAAGCCAUGCCAUGCAUUUGUCCAGCCUGAGAAGUACUAUGCAGCCUGUGUUUUUGAUAGCUGUGUGCUUCCCAACCUAGACCUGGAAUGCUCAAGUCUGCAGAUCUACGCUGCCACCUGUGCUGACCAGGGUGUGUGCAUUGACUGGAGAAAACACACCAACGGUGUAUGCUCUCAUGAAUGUCCUCCAGGUAAAGAAUACAGAGCAUGUGGUCCUAUUAAAGAGAUGACCUGCAAAUCAAGAGGACAGAAUGACACAUCAACUAAACAAGUGGAAGGCUGUUUCUGUCCUAAUGGAACCAUGCUGUAUGACUCUGGUGUGGAUGUCUGCGUGAAAACCUGUGGCUGUGUUGGAGUGGAUAUGAUACCAAGAGAGUUUGGAGAAAAGUUUACAGUGGACUGUCAGGACUGUAUUUGCCUGGAAGGUGAACAUGGCAUUGUAUGUGAACCUCAUGUAUGUGAUCCAAAGAAAGUCACUUGUGAUGGAGAAGGCUUCUAUGAGGUCACUGAAGUCAAUCCUCAAGACUCCUGCUGCCCUCUUUUCACUUGCAAGUGCAAUACAAGCUUGUGCACAGCUAAAGCCCCCAAAUGCUCACUGGGAUUUGAAGUUCAUUCUUAUAUUCCCAGUGGUCAGUGCUGUCCUGCAUACCAAUGUGUUCCCAAGGGCGUUUGCGUACACGGGAAUGCUGAGUUCUUGCCCAACUCCUCAGUCUUUGUUGACAAGUGUCAGAAUUGUGUCUGCACAAAUGAUGUGAACGUCAGCACUCAACUGAACAUCAUCUCCUGUGAACGUGUCCCCUGCAACACAUACUGUCAACCAGGAUAUGAAAUUAAACCAGUGAAAGGUGAAUGCUGUGGAAAAUGUGUGCAGACCAAGUGUAUCAUACACACAGCAGACAAUUCUGAACUCAUCUUGAGUCCUGGAGACAUUAAAAAUGAUCCUCACAACAACUGCACCAUUUAUAGCUGUGUAGAUGUCCACAACCAGCUUAUUGCUUCCACAUCUGAGAUUACCUGUCCAGCAUUCAAUGAGGAGAGCUGCAAACCUGGAACUAUUUCAUUCUUACCUAAUGGUUGUUGCAGAACCUGUGCCCCUGUGGACAGCCGCACACCGUGCUCUGUGCGCCACAGAAAAGACUUUAUUGUCUACAACGGCUGCCGCUCCGUGGACAGAAUUGACUUGACUGAAUGUGAAGGAACAUGUGGAACCUUCUCGCUAUACUCUGCUGAGGCCAAUUCUAUGGACCACAGCUGCUCCUGCUGCAGAGAAACAAGGACCACUGAGAAGCACGUGGUUCUGAAAUGCCCCGGUGGGCACUCCGUGUCACACAAGUACAUCUACGUGGAGAGCUGCAGCUGUCAAGACACUGAGUGCAGCAGGCCACAGUCCAGAGAGCUGCAGAACAAUGAAGAAAAUGACAAGGCGAGUGCGCUGAACCGGAUCAAGAGAGCCAUCAGCUUAACAUCAAACUGAAGGCAAAAAACCCCUGGCAUCAUUAACUAAAAGGACUGUGAACCAUUUUUAACUUCCUUGACUACUUUUGAACUUUACUUUUUCCAGUAACUGCAUCCUGUUUGUUCUCUAAUUAAUUUGAACAGUACCCUAUUUAUUUGUGCACAAAAUGAGAACACAAAUUUGUAUUCUUACAAGUGCACAGCCUCUUGGGUCCUUCUCAAAUCUCCUUAUUUUUCUCUGAAUGAUUAAAAGCACAUCUCAAAAAGCA